CGGACAACCGCGAGGCACGCCAACGAUCCACCAAGUGACGGCUCUGGAGCAGCCGAAUAGCGAAAUAAACAAUUAAUACCAUUCAUCGAUUUGCAACCGACACCAAUUGUUAUAUGUAAGUGCGCUGCAACGAUUCAACCAUUGCAACCAAAAAUAAAAUACAAGAAACACUUAUGCACUUGUGCUCAGUUUGCUACGCUCGCUGAGUUUCAUGGUAAAAGAGCGCACCAAAAUAGUGUGAUAAAACGCGUGAAAUCGUUGUGAAUAAAAUCGCAAAAAACCAUUUCUCCACCAGUCGCUGCUGCCGGUAGUGUCAACGGUAUUCGUUGUUAUUGCUGCUACACACGAGUGUCAAACAGAAGUGACGAGUUCGAAUACUCAUUUUAUUUAGUCAACGAUUUUUCACAAUUUAGUGGUGUAUAUUAGGCCCAGCCGCCUGAUGCAGCGCUCAGUCAAUUCCGCAAAGUCCAACGGGUAACAACGAAGUGCACACCAACUCACUUACCAAACUGUGGCCACCGCUGUCUUCGCUUUCGCUUAAAUGAACAGGCAACGCGUCGCUGAAACGUAGGAAAAAGAAAAUCACAUAAAAACACUGCCAAUGUUAGCAAGUAGCGGGUGUACAAUAUAAAAUAUUUAUACAUUUUCACAAAAUUCUAUACAAAGUAGUUAUACAAAUACGACAGCCAGUCAUUACAAAUACAAGGACAUUAUACAAUUUUUGAAGUGCGCAGUGCUAUUUAUGAAAAUUAUUUAAUUUUAAAAAUUAAAAAAAAAUAUAUAUUAACAAUAUUGUAAAGCGCCAGCAUUUUUGCGCAUUAAACGUGCCGUUGUGAAGGUAGUCACUGCCAAAGCAAAUAUAAUAAAUUUAAGCAAAAUUCAUUUUACGUGCAAAACCAAAUCCAAAGUCAAAUAUAAACACGUGAAAACUUAAGCCCACAAGCAGGUAUUACAAAUUAUAACGGCGUACUUAUGUGAUAACAUUUUUUAGGAUUACAAAAGUAAACAGUGCUUUUUAUUGAAGCUGUUAAUUAAUAAAGCCAGUGGAGCCUAUCAACCUCGCGCAUGCAGACAUUGCGAAUAAUUAUAAAUUAUAUAUAAUUUUAAAUCCAGUUGUGUGAAACAGUUAAAUAAAAGCGCUUUAAGGUCAUUAGUUACACCAGUCCAGUUAUAUAAAAGUGUUAAGCAAGGCAGCGUACUCACCAAAGACUCGUACAAUAUGGAGAUGCGUUCGAAACUGGGCAGCUUUGAGCUGAAAGAUUGCAGUGCCGAAAGCGCCGCUGAGCGUUUACUUUCAAUUAUACAUACAGAGCCCGUUAAGGUAAAUCGUAAACAUGGGGCCAUUUCAUUUUCAGAAGCUUUAUCACUUACCGGUUUCGGUAAAUUCAAUUACUUCCUCAUCUUCACCUCUGGCAUGGUUUUGGCCAAUGUGUUAUUGGAGACGGCAGCUAUGGGUUUUAUUUUGCCAAUUGCACAAUGUGACUUAAAUCUAACGAAUCAGGAUAAGGGCGUCUUGAGUGCCAUUAGUUUCGCUGGUAUCAUAACAAGUUCGCAUCUGUGGGGCUUUUUGGCCGACACAAAGGGACGCAGACGCGUUAUUAGGCCGACAUUGUUGGCUGGCUUUAUUGUCACACUAUUCUCGAGUUUUUCGCACACAUUUUGGGUGAUGGUGUUGCUGCGGUUCAUCAAUGGUUUUUUCGUUUCUGGCGGUUCGGCUACAAUUUAUGCCUACCUCGGCGAGUUCCACACAGAUAAGACACGCUCGCGCGCGAUGAUGGGCUCCUCAUUUAUCUUUGCGAUCGGCGCGAUGAUCUUGCCAAUGAUUGCCUUCCUUGUCAUCAAUCAAGACUGGGUCUUGCCCUUGCCUUUCUUGGGCAUUGAUUAUAAGCCUUGGCGUUUCUUUUUAAUCGUUUGCGGCAUACCCGGCAUGCUUUGUGGUCUAUGCAUGUUCGCUUUGCCCGAAAGUCCGAAAUUCCUCUUGGCCCACGGCAGAGAGGCGAAAGCCAUUGAGGUCUUGCAAAAGAUGCAACGUUGGAACGGUGGCACUCAGGAUCUAAAAUUAAAACACAUCCUACCGGAGGAGGAGACACCCGGCUCUAUGAUGCAGCUGAACAAUCAAUCGGCUUCGAAGGAGAAUUUUGCCACCGCCUUUCUGAAGAGCAUGUGGAACCAAACGGUGCCAUUAUUCCACAAACAAUACAUACGCAUCACAUUGAUCGUUUGCAAUAUGCAAUUCUGGUUGUAUGUGGUGACCAACGGCAUGUACAUGUGGUUCCCGCACAUCAUCAACUCCAUGGUCGAGUUCAUGAAUGGCCAUCCAGGCGAGCACAAACAGAUCUGUCAAAUUGUCUACGACAAACAUGAGAGCUUAUAUAAGUCUGAUGGUGUAAGUACAAAUAUCUGGAAAUGAAAACCAAAUUCACAAUCGCCAACAUCUAAUUGCAACUCUUCAUCCUUUCAGACAAUGGAAUGCGUUGCUAAAUUGGAGAACACAACAUAUUUUUACUCAUUAAUCAUGGAGAUCUUGUACGCUUCCUCGUUUGCCUUUAUUGGCUUGGUAAUCAACCGAGUCGGCAAGAUAACCAUACUUUUUGUUUCAACUAUUUUCUUCACCUCUUGUGGCCUUGCUGCAGUGUUUGUGGUCGAUCCAUCGAUUGCGGCGUAUCUGUAUGUGCUCUUCUUUUUGGUAGGCGUGGCAAUAAAUGUUUUGGGCGCUGCCACAGUUGAGCUUUAUCCCACACAAAUGCGUGCCAUGGCGAUAUGCGUCUCGCUGAUGUUCGGUCGCUUGGGCAGUGUUGUGGGCGCUAAUAUUGUGGGUGCGAUACUGGCUAAAAACUGCGAACUGACUUUCUACACCGCUUGUAUUGCCUUGUAUGUCUGCGCCUUCCUGGCUCUACUGAUACCGCGCAGAACUUUGGCGCCCCCCGCCAAGCCCGUUUUGGAUGAGCGACCCGAUUUGGUGCGAAAAUACUGUGAAACAAGAAUACAAAGUAUAUCUACGCAAGAUGCCGCCGCGGUUAACAAAUUUCGGGGCCCGAAUGCCUACACUUUCACCGACUGCUUGACAUUAACAAACAUUGGCAAAUUUAAUUACUUUUUAAUAUUCAUCUCCGGCAUGGUGAUGGCCACGCUUUUGCUGGAAACCUCCUCAAUGGGAUUUAUUCUACCAAUUGCACAAUGUGAUCUGCAAUUAACAAAUGUGGAUAAGGGUGUUCUUAGCGCCAUAAGUUUUCUAGGCAUAAUAACGAGUUCGCAUUUGUGGGGGUUUUUGGCAGAUACGAAGGGUCGUCGCAAAGUAAUGAGACCCACGCUGUUGGCCACAUUUACGAUUACAAUACUCUCAAGUUUCGCAAUCAAUUAUUGGGUUAUGGUUUUACUGCGUUUCUUUAAUGGAUUUUUUUUGGCUAGCACUGCAACAAUUUACGCCUAUCUUGGUGAAUUCCAUACAGAUAAAACACGCUCACGAGCUAUUAUGGGAUCAGCAUUCAUAUUCGCACUUGGCGCAAUGAUUUUACCAAUGAUCGCUUUUCUAGUCAUUAAUCGAGAUUGGGUGCUGCCUUUGUCAUUUCUGGGCAUAGAUUACAAGCCUUGGCGUCUAUUUAUAAUCGUAUGUGGCAUUCCAGGAUUUCUUUGUGGAUUGUCACUCUUUGUAUUACCCGAAAGUCCAAAAUUUCUGCUUGCCAUUGGAGAGGAGAGCAAAGCAAUUGAAGUAUUGCAAAAAAUGCACCGCUGGAAUGGUGGAAAGGAAGAGCUCAUUAUUACACAUAUUUUGCCCGAGGAUGACGCUGCAGUCUCCACAUUGAAAUUUAACAAAAACUUCGAUUCGAAUUCGAAUUUCGCACUUGUAUUUUUGCAAACGAUGUGGAACCAAACGGCGCCACUGUUCCAACGCAAGUAUUUACGAAUCACAAUGAUCAUUUGCCUUAUACAAUUUUGGUUGCUUGUCGUCACCAAUGGCCUGUAUAUGUGGUUCCCGCAUAUUAUGAAUAGUGUGGCCGCGUUCAUGCAGGAACACCCAGGCGAGCACAAACAAAUUUGUGAGAUUGUCUAUGACCAUCAAGAAGGCUUAUACAAUACUGAUGGAACCAUCGCCUGCAUCGACAAGCUGGAGGACUCUACAUAUUAUUAUUCUUUCAUCAUGGAAAUAUUGUAUGCCAGCUCAUUCGCAUUCAUUGGCUUUGUCAUAAAUCGUGUGGGGAAACUAUUAAUUCUUUUUAUUACCUUAAUAUUCUUCACAACCUGUGGCUUAGUAUCGGUCUUCAUAGUCGAUCCAGCUGUAGCCGCCUACCUCUAUGUGCUUUUUUUCUUGGUGGGCGUGGCUAUAUAUGUGCUAAGUGCAGUUACAGUCGACUUAUAUCCCACACACCUGCGCGCCAUGGCGGGUUGUAUUUCGCUCAUGGUGGGUCGUUUGGGCAGUGUAGUCGGCGCUAAUAUUGCCGGCGUCCUGAUGAGUCAUUACUGUGAAUGGAACUUCUACAUUUGCUGCGGUGCUAUGUAUGUCUGCGCCUUUCUCGCACUCCUGCUGCCACGUAAGAGUCCCGAUGCGGCGGUCAAAAGUGAAGCGUGAUCGUUUGUUCAUAAUUCCUUAGUUCUUAGCGUGAUUUUAGUUAUUUCCGUUAAUGUAUCUCGUAAAGAAUUUAGUACAAGUUUACGUGCAUAGAUUUAAACGCAUAUAUAUAUAUAUAUAUAUAUAUAUAUAUAUAUAUAUAUGUAUUAUUUAUUUCAUAGCUUAGUAACUUAAGUCAAGUAAAACGAUUAGCCCCGUAACCAUUUAACUAGAGUUUUGUAAACUCUCACAAUAGUGAUAUUAAAAAUUUAUUAGAAUAUAAGUUAAGUGAUGUAUAGAUUUUUAAAAAUAGACUUAGGUUUUUAUAAAAAUAUGGAUUUUUUAUAUGCGAUUAUAUGGUUUUCUAGGAAAGGAAAUAAAAAUUAAAAUAAAUUUGAAAAUAUUUGUGCCCAAAACUAA